CUGUCUGUCUCGACCCUGUGAUUGGAAUCUCGAAAUUCGCGCCUCCGCCUCCUCCGUCGCCCGCUCCCUAAUGACUUACCUCUGCUAAACUCCCUUCCUCUUCAUCGGCAACCUUCUUCAUUGUCACUUGUAGGGGAGAGGAGGUGACGACGGCGACUACGACGAUUGCGGUAGGGCUCGAGAGCGUGAGGAGGAAGGUGCACUGGAACGAGCGCCUUUGCCUCGACGACGAAAUCGCCUGAUCGUAGAGCAUUGUAGGUCAUGAGGCUCGCCGCCCUCUCGCUACUCGUCGUCGUCCUGGCCACUUUGGGCCUGACGACGGCCCAGGACACCGGCACAACGCUCUCAGCUUCCAUCAACAAUCCUUCUGCCUCUGCGACACCCGCCUCGGGCGCAACGACGGCCUCGAGCAGUGCCCCCGUCCCGACUUCCACUUCAUUGUCGCCAAUCAACGUCGGCGAUGCGCAAGUCCCCUAUCUCGUCCACAAUCCACUCACAAAUCAAGGCCGGCACUCAGGAAGACCUCGAUCAGGCCCUUACUUUUCCGGGUGCUCCGACUCGUCGCUCAAGUAUGCUCAGCCGGGCAACCGCAUCAACGUCUCGUCGGUUUACUCGCAAUUUGAUCGCGACACCAGAGAUAGCAUCCUGGGUCCCAGGCUGCCGUACUCCGCUGGCACGCUUCGCAUCGUUGGCGUCGGGUCCAUCGGUAACGAAAGCUAUGCAUUCAACAAUUACGUCGAUUCGAACAACCAAAGUCACGGCCUUCUCAGUGCCAUUCAAGUGUCUUCCAAGGUCCUCACAUUUCCGGUCUUUUUCAACUACACCUACCUCUGCGACCGCUUGUACCCUACGGCAAACGAUUCACAGCACCCCAAUGUGAUUCCAGCCUCGUGCCAGUACGGCCCUGGGCAGGUGUCGUUUGGCGUCGACAUUCCUCUCAAUUCGUCUUACGAUGCUACGACAAUCUGGACCGAAAUCCGUCUCACCGAUCCUUCGAGUCCAGCCUUAAGCAUUGCUUGCAUUGAGGUGCAAUCGACGCCCUUUUACCCCUCCCAGUGGUAUUGGGGUCUGAUCCUCUGGCUGCCCAUUGCCCUCGUCAUUUCCUUUUUCGUCCUCGUCUCGGUCGCAAGCAUUGCAACGGCCAUUACAUCGAGGAGAAAAGCUUUCAAGAACAGAGCACGAGAAGGCGGUGCUCCGAGAUUCGUCAGCGACAAGCUUGGUCCAGCUCUUGUUUCCGCUCUGAGCGGUAAGGGGCUCGUCAUGAGCCCAUCUUUGCUGCGAUUCGCAACGCCAGGUUGCUGGGACGUCAUCUUCCACCUCCAAUUCAUUGUCGCCGUCGCCAUGUUCCAGGUUCAGUGGCCUGACUUUGCGUACGAAUUUUUCCGACAAGCCGCCUGGUCGAGUCUCCUCGGCAAUGUUACUCUCGUCCAGUCGGACGGGGAGAAGUACGACCUCUUGUCCACGGUUGCGAAGCUCCCCUCGGGCGACAUCGGCGAGCAAAUGUCGACGCCGACGAGCCCGCUCUACAUGAACGCGGCUCAACCCAACGUCCUCGUUAACCUCAACAACUCGCACACCGGCAUCGAGGCAUUUGCCAGCUCGGUUGGUCUCUAUGCUUCCGACCUGUAUGGAACCUGCCUAGCCAUAUGGCUCAUUAUCGUCGCCAUUAUCGUCGCCAUCUCGGUGGUCGCUUGGAUUGUUGACAGUAGCUUCCAACGCUUCUACGAGGUGCGGCGACGUCGCGAGGAAGGAGGAGAGAUUCGGCUGCCGUCGAGCCCUGGUAUCGCCGAUCAUUUUGGCAACGGUGAGAAAAACUUCGAUCGGCCACACUCAACCUCGUCGUCGGGCAGGAGACACCACUUCUUCUUCGGUGUUUCGAUUUCCAGGAAUACGCUGGGUCUUCAUGGCAAAGCUCUCCACGGCAAUCUCGUCCGAGCUCUCGUCCUGUUCCAUCUGCCCAUCACCAUCCUCUCCACCUACCAAUUCUCGCAGCCAUCUUCCCACUCGACGGUACCCAUCGCUCUAGCUGCGCUUUCGUUUGCGUUCUUCUCCCUCAUCGCGCCUCUGUGGCUCGUCUGGCGCAUCUACCGACUCCCCACUGACAAGCUCUAUGAACACGUCGGUACGCUACUCGCCUUGGGCCCAAUGUACCACACCUACGCUCCCGGCAGCCAACUCUACUGUAUCAUCGUACUUUCGCGUAGCCUCGUCCUUGGCAUCGUGACUGGUGCAGGUCAGGCUAGUGGCGCCGCUCAAGCUAUCAUCAUCCUUCUUGUGGAGAUUCUCGUCACCCUUGCUUCGAGCCUGUGGUUGCCCUGGGGAGAGGGUGCGAUGAUGGGUCCGAUCAACUUCAUCGCCUGCGUUCUUCGAAUCGUCACCUGCGUCCUAGCGCUCCUGCUAACCACGCUUGUCGGCUUCGGACACGAGGCGGAUGGUUGGCUCACCUACGUCAUCCUUCUCGUUCAAGGCAUCUAUUUCGCAACCAUCGCGCUGGUGCUCUUGGUCAAGAUUGUCGAGGCACUUGUGAGGCUUGGCUGGCGGGUUCGCUUUGACGAGAAGACCUCGGGCAGGACCGCUGGGCUGGGCGGUGCGAUCCGCAAAAUCAAGAAGCGCAAGCAGAAGACACUGCAGCUCUCGAGGCCAGCAGCCGGCGCUCCCAUGGCGAGAGGCCUGCACCCUCGGCCCAACUCAUCGGGAGGAGCAAGCUCGCACAGCGGCACGCCCGUCAUGACCAACGGCAGCAAGAUUCCCAUGACUCACUCAAGACAGGCUUCCUUUGCCAGCUACCUUGACCAGGCUGCCCUUCCACGUUCACAGCCCAGCACCCUUCCCAGACGGCCAAACUCAUCGGGUGGCAAAGACUUCUUUGGUGAAGGCGUCUACUCUGCCUACCUUCGAGGCGAUGCGAAUGACGAGGGCAACAUCAUGGCGGCCAUGCCACCCACAAGUCCUGGGCCUGGACCAUACCGUCAGCUCGACUCAACAAGCAAUCCAAGCAGCGUCAAUCCGUCUGCUCCUCCGACACCCAGUCACUCUGGCUUCGUCAGACUGGGAGGAGGUCGAGCUACCGAUGCCGAACCCUACGCUUCUCUCCCACCGGCCCAGCGCCCCUCAAUGCCUGGUGCGCAGUCCGGUGCGCCAGGUUCGUCAGCCUCGCCCCGGAGGCCACGGCCUACAAGCCAGAGCGGAGUCAUUGGUGUUUGGGAUAAAGAUGCCAUAGUCCGACACGGACCACCUCCGGCUGACAAGCGAUCGUCCUACCACGCUCUUCAACCUCAGUCGCCCAACGAAAUGAGCAGUACUCAAGCUGCUGCAGCUGCGGCUGCGGCUGCAAACGCUCGAAAAGAUACAAUGCCGCCAGGCGGAGCUAGACGAGGAGGACUAUUCGGCAUAAGGCGUUCCCACCAUGCCGUCGAAGACGAUGGCGACAGUAGUGACGAUAGCAGUGACAAUGAGACAACCUGGGAUCACCGUGCCAGUGCUCGAGGGAAAGGUGCAUGGGCAGGCGUUGCUCGGAUGUCUGAAGCUCUCGGCGUGCUGCGACAACGUUUGGGCGGCCAGGCGCCCACACCGCGGCGGAGCGCGUUGAGGAAUCGUGCAGACGACGAUGACGAUGAUGAAGCGAUCACAGCUGCAGGAGGAAGCUUGCCACCCGGUGCCACUAGAGGGUUUGAGGUGGUCCGAGCGCCUGCGACAAGAAUGGGCGGUGCUGCCCAAAAGGCUUCGCAGUCGCCCACUGAUGGAACCCCUGUCCACAACGAUGACCGCGCGACCGAAGCUGACUCGACCAUCCUUAGCCACCACCACGUACACACGCACAACAUCGGUGGCAGAGGGCCUUUCGGUAUGCUUGGCGCCGACUUGCAACGAGCACCCAGCAGUGCCGGUCAUUCCGACGAUGGAGGAGAAGAACGCUUCUGGCUUCCACCACCCACCCAAAUUGACUCCGCUCUUGGUUUGGACGUCUCUCAGAGAAGCGGCGGCGAGGGUGUCGUUCAUCGAGAAGGCUAGCGAAAAACUAUGAACAAUUGAAUAACGAUCUGAUCCAACAAAUGCUGUAUCACACUCACCUUUGCUCCUGCUUAUCCGGUUCUUCCAGCCUCACCCCGUCCCCUCCAUCGUGACCAUCUCAUCUUAUCUUAGAAGCUACUCUGUACAUACCGCCUCUGUCUAUUUCUCAUACACUCUUUCCUUGGUCCUUCUGAUCCGAUAGCAUUACAUUAGGCACCAGCAAUGUCAUCAAGUGCUCG